GCACGGUUGCGAACGUAUUACACGAGCGAAGGCGACGACCAGCGACGACGACGAUUGUAAUGGUUGGAAUGGGCCGAGCAUAAGUCGUCCAAGUCGCCUGAAGCUGUCAAGCUGCGUCACGCAGUGGUUAUCCAGCUCUUCCGUCCAUUCCCAUUUUUCUCAGCCGACGACGCGGCAGAUUUUGCGGAAGGUCACCCAUCUACCACGAUGAGCGACGAAGGAUUCGACCCCUGCGAAUGCAUGUGGAAUCACAUGUCCGUGCAACAUCUGCUUUCUAUCUUACGACAAUCCCAGGAUUAUUGUUCAGAUACUGAGUGCUUCAAUGUGUCGAGAGUUCCAGGGCCGCAGACGAAUGUUCGGGAAUGUUCAGAUUUUCUCUUUACUUGCUUAAUUAUUGGUUUCAUCGCUCUCCUGUACGCAUUUAGACCGAGAUCUUUGCGAUAUUCGACCAGGAAUGUUAUCAACAAGAGCAGCAAUGAGCCCGGUUCACAUGGGGAUGGUCCGCCUUCGCCGACGAUGAAUUAAAUAGUGUAGUGACAUCGUAAAGAUUCUUGUUAUUCAAGAUUUUAUAUAUCAGGAUCUGCAUUAAACUUAUAUCAGAAAUAGGAGACGGUAUGAUAUAUAGAUGAUAUUAAUAAAUCUAAUGUAUGCGCGUUAGUGAGCUAUUAUCAAUUUGAUUUUUGGAGACUUAACUUCUUUACACGUUGGCAAUUUCAAUUUUAUACAAUUUUCUCAUCGCGCGUAUGCGUCUUUCUCUUUAAACUUUUUUUCUCUAAUAAUCUCGUGCCGAGAUUAUAUGUAUAAACACGAUAUAAAAUAAUUUUAUCUCGACUUUUUGAAAGAUAAAGUUUAACUAUUACAUCUAAUAUGAGAUCUCUAGCAUUUCUUAAAUACUAAACUUAGUUUCCGCGGCUCACAUUUAGAUGACGCUAGUUGUAAGUGUAAUUUACUUUGACAUUGAAGCCGGCUGCAUUUUAGAGAUUAGACAUUUGUCAUUAAAAUUCAAUGCGAAAAGAUUACGGCAAAUACUUUGAUUGAUGUAUUUUUUGCUUUUGAUAUCGAGAUAAAUGAAUUUUUUAAGUAAAAAAAACCGCGGAAACUAAAUUUAGUACCUAAUAACAUGUUCGUUUCUUGAGAGGGUAAUAAUGGAUUGUAAUUAAUAAAAUAAAAAAUUCGCUCACGUGGAA